AACAUUGCGCGCUAUGCAAUGUCUCACUUUUCGACUAGCUGUGAUCUCACACACAGAGCUGCUGUGAGCCGAAAGAAUAACAAAAUAUCGAAGAAACGGGACUCGUCCAGAAUAACCAACAAACAAUGAAUCUGAGUAAGAAGCUUGGGGAUAUGAAGCUCUCAAAAGUCACUUUCCAGGCAACAACGAAAGACCGUGAUGCCACAAGAGCAAAAGAAUCCCCAGGUUCUCUGGCUUCCAGAGGAAUUCCAGUCGUGAAGUCUCAGCAAGAUGACAAAACCCAGAAAACAGCAAAUACCAAACAAUCUCAACCACCCAUUAGUCUUAAGGGUCUCCUGACUGCUCAACGAAUUACAAGGGAACUUAAGAAUCGAGCAGCUUUGAGAAGAAAAACCAGAGCUCGAACACAGCACCGGAGAUCAGUGGUCAUCAUCAAUGAGCAGGCACCAGAUACCUCUGCUAACCCCUCGCAGAAGUUCCCACAUACCCAAGCAAAAGAGCUCAUCGACGAAUUCUUAGAUACAAAGCUCAGAGACGUGAUCUAUGACCCAGACUCGUGCGCUCAUCUCACUAAAGACUUGUGCGAAGAUAUAAAAAGAAUGGUACGCAGACUAACUCCACCACGAUACAAACUGAUCUGCAAUAUGGCUAUUGGAAGUAAAAGUCAAGAAGACGUUAUUGUAACCAGUCAGUGUCUGUGGGACUCCCAUUCUGACAAUGUUACCUCCUGCAGCUAUGAGAACCGUACAUUGUUUUGUGUCGUUUUGGUGUAUACAGUGUAUUUUGAAUAGUGCAAUUCAUUUCUCCAACUGCAACAUCUAGGGGUCCACAGGUUGGACAGACCUGAUGUAAAGGGUAGCAAAGCAAUACGAUACAAAACAUUAAAUCUUUUCUGCUUUACGUCUCUACAAAAUAUUAUUAUUUUUGCAACUCAUGUUUUAAAUGUCUAAAUAAAAUAUACC